AUGCGUUUCACCGUUGCCGCCGCCCUCCUCGCCACCGGCGUCAUGGCCGUCUCGACCGAGUACGAGACGCAGCUGGUCACCAUCACCAGCUGCGGUCCCGAGGUCACCAACUGCCCCGCCGACUCUACCAAGACUUCGGCCACGUCCAGCCUGAUCCAGACCUCGGCCACGGACGCCAUCACCACCCCCGGAGCUCCGGCUGCCACUCCCCUGACGACCUUGACGGUCUACACGUCCAAGGUGCACACCAUCACCUCGUGCGGCCCCGAGGUGACCAACUGCCCGGCCCACAGCACCGUCAUCUCGACCGAGACCAUCCCCGUCUCCACCACGGUCACCCCUGUCGGCCCCGGCUCCUCCACCGGUGUCCCCCCCGCCGUCCCUACCUACGCUGUCCCCUCCAACGGCACCACCCCCGUUGCCCCUGAGCAGCCCGGCGUGCCCACCACCGGUGCUCCCGGCACCUCUGCCCCGGUCACCAGCGGUGUUCCCUCUGCCCCCGCGCCUUCGGCCCCCGCGCCUUCGGCUCCCGUCUGUGCCCCUAGCUCUUCCGUCACGGCCAUCACCAAGAGCUACACCACUGUCCUGACCUCGGUCGAGUACUCUACCAUUGAGGUUCCCUGCGCCACCUCUGCUCCUCCCACCGUCCCCACCGGUGGCCUCACCCCCAACCCCCCUGCCGGUGCUGUCCCCCCCGCUGGCGGCAACACUACCACCCCCGCCCCUCCCGUCCCCACGGCCGGUGCUGGCAGCCUCGCCGGCUCUGCCGUCUUCGCCGCCGUCGCUGGUGUUGCUGCCUUCGUCCUCGCUUAA